GUGGCUGGAUCCACCAAUAGCUCCACUUGCUGUCGACCGAUUUGGCAGGUCCACACCAUUUGGAAAAAGUGUAUGGAGAAAUUUGAUAAGCGGUCAGAUUGCUAACGAUUAAUCGCUGUCAGCACGCCUUUCGCUUUUCGGGGCGACACACCGGUAGUGAAGAGUAGAUUCUAAAUAUAUCUGUUGAAAUCUGGGUGUAUAUAAGUAGGAGAAAGAGGUGACGAUAGCUUCAAUCUUUUAGAUAUACCUGCCUGCGGAUUAUUUCUUGUUCGUCUUAUUCAUACUCAACCCUUCUCUACUUCGACUGAUGGACGAGACCCAGCCAUUGCUCGCGCCGGUACCACCGCCUACAACCGCAGCUGGGCAAUUUCCAUACAUACCGGAUGUCAAUGUUCCAAAUGAUGAAUCUUUUGAUCAUAGAGUCGAUUUCAACCCCAAUGGAGACCCGGAAAAUCCAUUGGAAUGGCCAAAGGCUUAUCACAAUGGAGUGAUUUUGCUUUUGGCUUUCAUGGCUUUCACAGUAACAUUCACCUGUAUCGGUGUAGUUCCUAUCGCCCGACAAAUCAUCCUCGAUCUCGAGAAUCAAGAAUCAAAAUCUGCAUCCGUUCUUCUGGUUACGAUAUGGGAACUCGGAGAAGCAGCUGGCCCGUUACUCAUUGCCCCGCUUUCCGAAGUGUACGGUCGAGCGGCGGUUUUCAACGUGGCAAAUGUUUUGUUUAUUAUCUGGACCGUCGUGGCUGCGUGUAGUGAGACGUCUCAUUUGUUCAUUCUGUCGAGAUUCAUGACAGGUUGUGCGGUGGCUUCGAAUGUCUUGAAUCCGGCGGUCAUCGGUGAUAUGUUACCACCUGAUCAAAGAGGCUCAGCUAUGGCAACACUCAUGCUUGCACCGCUUCUGGGUGGUGCUAUUGGGCCUGCUAUUACUGGAGCAAUUGCUCAGUCGAUUGGAUGGAGGAAUGUCCUUUGGUUUGCUGCGGCUAUGGCUGGUGUUUGCGAGCUUUGUUUCAUUCUUCUCUUUCGGGAAACGUAUAAAAGUCGUAUCUUACAACGAAGAAUUGCAAGGCUGAAAAAGCAAAAGAAUGAGGAUGGUUUGGCACUCAAGGUGGUGGUCGAGGAAGAGUGUGAACAUACAGCGAUUGCUAUAUGGAAAGCUAUCAAAAGACCUGCGGCAGUAUUUGGGGGAUCUUUUGUGCUGCAAAUUUUGUCAUUUUAUGGUGCAAUUGUGUUCACAUUCUAUUACAUCAUGUCGACAACUUUACCGGAGGUUCUCAAAACUGUCUAUGGAUUUGCUCCCGCGACAAUUGGUUCUUCUUUCAUCUCUUUUAGCGUUGGAUCAACCUUUGCCGUCUUUCUUUGUAACAUGCUUAUAGAUCGCGUUUACAUCUAUCUGCGAACCAAGAACAACAAUCAAUCACAUCCAGAAUUCCGCAUGCCUCUCACUAUAGUCAGCGGUUGCAUUCUUCCCAUCUCCAUCGCGCUUUUUGGAUGGACCGCCGCGAAAGGUUGGCCCGUUGCAUUGCUUCUCUUCUUAGUCGGUCUUCAGGGCUUCGCUAUCUUAACGGGUAUGGUUCCAUUGAUGGCUUAUGUAGUGGAUGCGUUUGGAUUGUAUUCGGCAAGUGCUUUGACGGCGGUGCUCAUUACGAGAUGUUUGACGAGUACAUUUUUACCGUUGGUGGUUGGUCCGUUGACUGAUCAGUUGGGAUAUGGAUGGGGAUUUAUGAUUGUUUCGGGAGUGUGUUUGAUGGUGGCGCCGGUGCCAUGGCUGGUUAUGAGAUAUGGUGAGAAGUGGAGACAGUGCUCUGCGUAUACGAGGGAUGAUUGAUUAUGAUUUAUGACUGAAUUGAAUUAUGAAUGUCGGGAUUUGGAAUAUGUGGAAAAUAUGGAUGUCUGGGAAAACUGUGUUUGAUUUGGCUAUAAAGGUUUAUAUAAGAAUACAUAUCAUGGUAUAGCACGCAGAUAAUCUUGUCUUUACGCCAAAUCUUGGUCCUUUUGGGCAAGGCUAGAGGUGACAAAACCCGAAGCAAGUACUCUAAGAUAAUCAAUGCUUCA